AUGCGCCAACUGGUACCAAGAAAUUGUAAAGCCGUUCCGCUGAUUACGCUAUCGGUGUAUCACAUAUUUCCUCUUAUUCCAAAGGGACUUGUUGUGGAUGAUAAUUUGAUGCUCUUCCUAUUUAUCCGGAUUUAUAAAUUUUGUUACCACAGUUGGUUGGUACUUUCUUUUGCCAAAUUUCUAAGAUGGCUUGCAAACCGUGGUCGCUUGGAAGAGUCCUUUGACAUUAUUGUUGCCGCUAAAGGUAAUCGUGAAGAUGCACAAGUCAAGUUGCAGUUAGAAGAGAUGAAGGAACAGGUAAUGAUCGAUCGAAAAGCUGUCGACUUCAGUUACAGGCGCCAAUUCCGUAAGAAGACCAUCAGAAAGACAAUCAUCAGCGUUUCUGCUCAAAUAUGGCAACAACUUUGCGGUAUGGACGUUAUGAUGUACUUUAUGGUCUACAAUUUCAAGAUGGCCGGUUACAGUGGAUCAACUGUCUUAGUCUCAGGUUCCAUUCAGUAUGUUUUGAACGUUGUCAUGACCAUCCCAGCCCUUUUCCUGGUGGACAAAGUUGGCCAUAGGCUCGUGCCUAUCACAUAA